GGAGGAGGAGGAGGAGGAGGAGGUUCGUCAUCAUCAGGGUCGACAAUUACUUCUUCUUAUACUACUACAACAACACCAACAAUAACUAAAAACACAAUUCGAACAGGUUCAGGGUCAGGGUCAGGGUCAGGAUCAAGAUCAGGGUCAGCUGCAGUCAGCCACAGUCAAGGUACUACAGACGGCAGUGGUGGCAGCAGUCAUAUUACCAGCAGUGAUAAUAAUAAUCCACUCAAGUCCUCAGCCAAGUCCUCGCUUACAAAGAGUGGAAGCCAUAGACGAGAAGAACCGAAGGAUACUAAGGAUACUAUGCCGGCAUGGAAAAAACAAAAGACGGGAAAGAGUUUGGAGCAUCAACAGCCUCCGAAGCGAGGAAGACGCCCAGACAAUGUAACUUCUUCAUCGACUUCUUCUUCUUCUUCUUCUUCAUUAUCUGCACCAGCACCAGCACCAGCACCAGCAGUGCCAUCAUCAGCAACAACGACAUCAACACCAGCCUUGUCAACAUCAACACCGUCAGCAGCACCAUCAUCAUCACUAGCACCAUCAGCAUCAUCACCAUCAAGGACAGGAAGUGCAGUAGGGGAAGGGUCAUCACUGACAAGGGUUUUUGAACUACGGGAAGAAGAUCUUUGGACGCCUCCUUCAUCAUGGAUAUCAUGGGAGGAUCAUAUCAAGAUGAUUUAUGGAGUGGAGCAAAUCAAAAAAGAAAAAGAAGGUGGUAUGGAUUCACAAGAGAGCCAAUUGGUCGUGCACAUUGUCUGGAAAACAGGCAAAUGGUCUGAAGUUCCGGCUUCGGAAGCGCAUAAGAAAUGUCCACAGAAACUUUUGGCAUAUUAUGAAAGUCAUAUUCAAUUUCAAGAAGUAGAAGUCGCGCAUUAGU